AAUGGCCCCACAAUCCAUCAUUCACGCAAUAAUUCUGGGUAUUUGCUGCCUCACCACAUUCACCUCGGCACAAUUUCAAUUCCACACGGAUCCCACCAGGAAUGCUUUCACUGUGACAGCACCAGGGCUGCAGCAGUCCUUCACCAGGUACUUCGGAGGAGGGGCACAACGCGUUGGGGAUUACCAAUUGGACUCCCAGGUGGCCGGAUCCAAUCAUCAACAGGUGUUUGCACCAUACUUGAAUCAACAGCAAUCCUACCCAUUUGUUCCACAAUAUCAAAGGGCUUUCGCCGGGGGAGGCGUUCCGGAUGCCAGUGCACAGGACUCUGUGCCACAGUACACCCAACAGAGAUAUCAAUUAAUUGAACCCCAGCCAACUCUCGACAGCACCUUGGAUACCAUGAGAGCUGUGAGAUUUUCACCAUCAAAUGAAGUGUCAAGUGUGAAUUUCUCCAAUGGAGACUUCACAUAUAAUUUCUGA